AUGGAUAUAUUCAGGACUAUCGCUCAUCAACCUGUGAACAGUCACAAAAUGUGUGAACACGCGCUUAACAAACCCGUUGAGACGAGACGGAGAAAAUCAGAGGAUAACGCACAUGCGACUCAGGAAAUGUCAAGAAUAAUUUUGGAUUCCACGACAGGAAAAUGUUACUGCCGAGGAAAAGUUUUGGGAAAGGGAGGUUUUGCAAAAUGUUAUGAAUUUACUGACCUCUGCACGGGAAAAAUCUAUGCAGCUAAGAUCAUUCCACACUCGCGCGUAUCCAAGCCACACCAGAGAGAAAAGAUUGACCGAGAAAUUGAACUACACAGAGCCCUUCAUCACAAACACAUCGUUCAGUUCUACCACCAUUUCGAGGAUAAGGACAAUAUCUACAUCCUGUUGGAACACUGCAGUAGACGAUCAUUAGCACAUAUUCUUAAAGCACGCAAAGUGCUGACAGAGCCAGAGGUUCGUUACUACCUUAGGCAGAUUGUUUCUGGACUGAAGUACCUCCACGAACAGGAGAUCUUGCACAGAGACCUUAAACUAGGUAACUUUUUUAUCAAUGAAUCCAUGGAGCUGAAAGUGGGCGACUUCGGUUUGGCUGCUAAACUGGAGCCGGUGGAAAAUCGGAGGAGGACGAUAUGUGGGACGCCUAACUACCUGUCUCCGGAGGUCCUCAAUAAGCAAGGUCACGGUUGCGAGUCGGAUGUGUGGGCCUUGGGCUGUGUCAUGUACACCAUGCUCUUGGGGAGACCGCCCUUUGAGACGACCAAUCUGAAGGAGACGUAUCGUUGUAUCCGUGAGGCGAGGUAUUCCAUGCCCUCUUCCCUGUCUCCGCAAGCCAAGCACCUUAUCAGUAGCAUGCUUUCCAAGAGCCCAGAGGACCGACCACGGCUAGAUGACAUUCUGCAUCACGACUUCUUCUGCCAGGGGUUCACCCCAGACAGGCUGUCUGCCAGCUGCUGUCACACAGCCCCAGACCUCCACCAUACCAGCCCUGCCAAGAGCUUCUUCAAGAAAGCCGCAGCCGCUCUAUUCGGCGGGAAGAAAGACAAAGCCAAGUACUUUGAAACUCUGAAUAAAUUGACUAAAGAGGAGGAAGACAUCCUUAAAAUUCGUCAUGACCUUAGAAGGACUUCCAUCAGCCAUCAGCCCUCUAAGCCAGCUGCUGAGGACACUAAGCCCCCUGUCCCACCUGCUGGAAAACCAGGUGUCCCCGCCAAGGACAACGGUAACAAGCAGCAGAUCAGAGACACCAUCCGCAUGAUUGUGCGAGGGACCCUGGGAAGCUGCAGUAGCAGUAGCGAAUGCUUGGAGGACAGCACCAUGGGAAGUGUAGCAGAUACUGUUGCCAGAGUACUCAGAGGCUGUCUGGAGAACAUGCCAGAAGCUAACGAUAUUCCGAAAGAGAGCAUCUCCACUAGUUUCCAGUGGGUGACCAAAUGGGUGGAUUAUUCCAACAAGUACGGCUUUGGCUACCAGCUAUCCGACCAUACAGUUGGUGUUCUCUUCAACAAUGGCACCCACAUGAGUCUGCUAUCUGACAAGAAGACUGUGCAUUACUAUGCAGAGCUGGGCCAAUGCUCUGUUUUCUCCACCAGUGAAGCCCCAGAGCAGUUUGGUGGUCAGGUCACCAUCCUCAAGUACUUCGCUCAUUACAUGGAGGAGAAUCUGAUGGAUGGUGGGGAUCUGCCUAACGUGACUGAUGUUAGCAAGCCUAGACUUUACCUGCUCCAGUGGCUGAAGUCAGACCGUGCACUUAUGAUGCUGUUUAAUGAUGGUACUUUUCAGGUGAACUUCUACCACGACCACACCAAGGUCAUUCUGUGCAGCCAGAGUGAGGAGUAUCUGCUGACCUACAUCAACGAGGACCGCGUGUCUACCACCAUCCGUCUCAGCAUGCUGCUCAUGACAGGCUGUUCCUCUGACCUGCGCAGUCGCAUGGAGUAUGCCCUCAACAUGCUUCUGCAGAGAUGCAACUGAACCGAGCUCGACGGACCCUGUGAACACGGUCGAUGAUCAGGAACUGAUGCCUCCAGUAUUGACACAUGGAAUUGGCCUCUAAAGGCUUAUGUGGAAGGCCGACU